UUCCGGUCGGGGCUGAGAGGAUUGUUGUGUUCCUCCAUCCUGGUAUUUGUCUUCAUCCUGGUCUCUCCGAAGUGCCCGGACCCAAAACAGGAAACUGAGCAUGAACACAAUUGAGGAUGACUCAGGCACAGUGACUUUGGAAACAGUGAACUCCGUUACACUAACCCAGGAUACAGACGGGACCAUAAUUCUGCACUGCCCUCACAAUGAUGCUGAAGAGUUGGGCUCUGAUGACACGUUGGAGCCUGCGCACAAACGACUCCAUCUGUGCAGCGAGGACGAGCCACAUGUGUCUGGAUCUGCCCCCAGAAUCUCUGUCGUCACUCUCCCCAUUUCAGAGAAAGAGGAGAGUUUUGAGGUGACCAUGACGGCCACCACAGAGAUGACAGAGAGUGAUAUAAGUGAGGGAGCUGUGGCUCAGAUUCAGAAGACCGAGGAGGUAUCUCCCGUCAGUCAAGCAUGGUUUACAACAAAAGAGGACAAGGACACCCUUGUUAAUAAGGGUCACAAGUGGAAACAGGGUAUGUGGUCAAAAGAAGAAAUAGAUAUUCUUAUGAGCAAUAUUGAUCGGUAUCUGAAGAGUCGAGGGAUUCAAGAUCCUACCGAGAUCAUCUUUGAAAUGUCCAAAGAUGAGAGGAAAGACUUCUACAGAAGCAUUGCAUGGGGCCUCAACCGCCCUCUCUUCGCGGUGUAUAGACGAGUCCUUCGCAUGUAUGACAACAGAAACCAUGUUGGAAAGUACACCCCUGAAGAAAUAGAUAAGCUGAAGGAACUGAGAGUGAAGCAUGGUAAUGACUGGGCUACCAUUGGAGCUGCGCUGGGGAGAAGUGCUUCCUCUGUAAAAGACCGGUGUAGGCUGAUGAAGGACACCUGUAACACAGGGAAGUGGACAGAGGAUGAAGAGCGGCGGCUAGCGGAGGUUGUCCACGAACUGACGGGCACGGAGCCGGGCCACACCGUCACCCAGGGCGUGUCCUGGGCCUCCGUGGCCGACCUGGUGGGCACUCGCUCGGAGAAGCAGUGCCGCUCCAAGUGGCUGAACUACCUCAACUGGAAACAGAGCGGAGGGACAGAGUGGACCAAGGAGGACGACAUGAACCUGAUCAAACGGAUUGCGGAGCUGGAGGUUGAGGAUGAAAAUGAGAUCAACUGGGACAUCCUGUCGGGGGGCUGGAGCAGCGUCCGCUCCCCUCAGUGGCUGCGCAGUAAAUGGUGGACGAUCAAGAGGCAGGUCGCCAACCACAAGGACCUCCCCUUUUCAGUGCUACUCAAAGGUCUCCAGGAGCUGGCGGAGAACCAGCUGCCUUUCGGUAAGGUGGUGAUGGCGGCACCUCGGCCCCCGGGCAGCGGCUCGCCCUCGUCCCUCCAGCAGGUCCAGAUCCGGGUGGCCCGCCUGGACGAGAGCAGCAGCGCCUCCCACAGCCCUGUGGCGGCACUGCAGAUACCCGUACAGAUCCCUGUGCAGAUCACGCAUGUCGCACCCUCAGAUACCUCAUCGACUGCUAAUGAUGCAGAGACUAUAACGCUAAACGCCGGAACCCUUCAGACAUUUGAAAUCUUACCUUCUUUCCACCUGCAGCCUACGGGCACUCCUGGGACGUACUACAUCCAGACGGGCUCCAACCAGGGCCUCCCGCUGACGCUGGCGGCCAGCCCCACCGUCACCCUCACAGCGGCCACGUCGCCCUCGUCCCCGGAGCAGAUUAUCGUACACGCCCUGUCCCCGGAUAACUUGCUCAGCUCCAAUGAGAACGUCACUGUGCAGAUGUCCCACCCCGGCGUCAUCAUCCAGACAGUGUCCUCGGAUGACCUUGCCUCCGCGGAGUCCCUCAGCCAAUCGGCGCUAACCGUGGAGCAGUCCGUAUUGGCCAGCGCAGAGGAUGCUUCGGACGUGAACCUGGAAAAGGUGGGCGCAGAGGCGGGGAGCCCCCAAAGAGAAGGGGCGGAGCAGGAGGUGAUCAGUGGCUCAGAGGGCGCAAAAUUCCUCCAGAACCCUCAGGUGGAAGCUCCGGGUCACCUGACUGAGACGGGGGAUGGGCAGGAGCACCUGACUGACACCUUCUCAGCAGAGACUUUGGGUUCUCCAACCAUGGAAGAACACGUGGUGGAACGAACUGUAGGAGAGGGUGCGGUGAUGAUCGUCCCCUCCCCCAACAGCUUCAUCCAGACCGCCGAUGAUAUCGACAGCGACAGUGUCCUGCCCUUAACCACACUGACAGAUCCUAUACUUGAAAAUCAGGGAGAGAGCUCUGACUGACAGGAUUGGCCUGUCGCACAACAGCUUCGUGCCAAUGAAUUGAAUCGAAGUGGAUGGACCCGAAAAUGAACAAAAUCACUACUGUUGGGAGCAUGGGGGAGCCUCGGUUCUGAAUCGCCAAUAGCUUCUUUCUGUCGUGUUGGCAAACCCCAAAUUUCUAGGGAUAUGCAAGUCUGACAUUUUCUUCCUUUUAUACACUAACGGGUGGAAAGGCAACCGUGAUUUUCUGAGUUGGUCUAGACAAGAGGUCUUGGUAUUGAGUUUGUUGAAGGUUUGUGGGGUGCCAAGUCAAAUCCUGUAAUAUGGAAGAUGACUCCUUAUGCAGUACUGUACAUCAUUGUUACACUUAUUUUAUAAGUCAGAGGAAUCACAGUGCUGGCAGUUGAGGCUGCAGUGGCAAAUGCACAUGAGGAAAGGGCACAUGCAGUUCCUUAAAAUGUACUGUAGCUGAAGACUAACGGGUUUCAAUUAAUAUCGUGGGCGUGUCGUUUGAAAGAUUAACCUAUGCGACACUUAGAACUCUGCAGACAGAAAAAAAAAAAACUAGUCUAUACUUCUAAUAGUAUAUUUGCUCUUCAGCUCAGCUUUAUUACAAAAUCCUGGACCUAAACUUUUUUAUGUAAAACAUUAUUUUCCUUUAGAGUUUCUGCUUUUUUCUGCUGGUCUGGUCUGAAAUGCUUAUUUGGAUUAACUACUUGCAUUAUUCUUGCAGUGGGUUAUGAUCAUUAUCUGUGAACUCCUGUUUACUUCCUUUAGCUCAAACCUAAAUAAUUUAAGCCACUGCUGAUGAAGGCCAGAUCACCCUGGAUUGUGCAAAGACAGCAUCGCAUCGUGUGACAGGCUAAGAAAAAUUGUUACAAGGUUUACCAUUCAGCCCAUAUCAGCUUGUCCUUUGCCUGUGGUUGAGACUGAAUUCUAAUAUGGCUGUCUGCCAAGUAUCCCAGUCUCUGAUACUACAGCAAAUCCCAACAGGAUUCUCUGCGAAGAAAUAUUUCUUAGUGUCAGUGUAUUUCAGACUCAUUUCCACCUAUAUCUCGUGGUUCUGCUCAGCCUUGAAAUAACAUUUGCAGGCUAACUUACUCAGACCUUUUCUGAAGUAUUUCAGGUAAUCAGGUGAUGAUGAAGCUGAGGCAAACUGUGCCACUGUAACAUUAAUGCUGGACAAAUGAAAUACCAUGUGGACAAAACCCUCCCAUUACUUUGGGUAUGACGCGGUUCAUGUCGAUAGUUCACAGGCAGGAGUUUCCCCAUUACCAGCAGUGCAGCAGUACGUCUCACUUAAUGUCCAGUAAGAAUUGUAUACGGUACAAUUCAUUACCAUCUAUUGUACGUUGGUCCUUCUUCAGACAUUAUUUGUAAUGUGAAGUUGCACUGGGUUCACUGACAGGUUGCAUUGCAUAGUGUCUUGGAGCAGUGGCAGGUAAUUGGGGGGGCACAAGGUUUUGUGGUCAUCCGUUGUGCAGCCACAUCAAAGGUCUAGAAAUGAAGACUCAUUCAUACUAGGUCUAACUUAGCUAAACAUGGUGCUGAAGUUAUAUGUUAUGUGAGGUUUAUUUCCUCUUGCAGCUUCAAUGAUGAUGCUUACAGCUUUGAUUUGUCCAUGUUGUUAAUGAGAGCUUGCAACACAUUAUUUCCUCUGUGUGUUUUCUAAUGAAUGUGUACUUUAUCAGGGUUUCAAAUCUUGCACUGGUCCUGUGUCUUUAUUAGUUACAGGAUGUUGUCACAGCUACUUCCAAAAGCCUGUGUAGACUAGUACAAUAAUUUAUCAGAGAAAUGGGGUUGUUUGUAUGGUUUUGUGUUUAUUUAUUAAUUAAAACUUUAUAAAGCAA